AUGGGGAAAACGCCCAAGCCAUGCAACGCUGUUCUGUUCCAGCAUCAAGGUUUGGUUGAUGGUGACAGUCGCAGCAUGUCAAAUUCAACAUUGAAGCAGGCUUGUGGCGAGUGCGAGGUGUUGCGCGCACAGGUCCAGGAACAGAAUAGAUACAUGGCAAGGGCUGCUGAGGAGCAGAGCCGUCUGAGAUGUGCCCUUCUGGAUGCAGAAACUGACCUCCAGCGCUCUGUUGUUGCUGAAGAGGCUCUCACCAAGAGAAUCAAGGCAUUGGCGGCGGUAGAGGAAGAGAAAAUGAAGAAUGCCAAUGCUGACAUGCUGUCAGAUCUCCAGAAGAGCGAGGUACAGAGGCUGCAAAUUGAGGUGCAGGAGACGAAGCAACUGCUGAAGGACAAAACAGAGCAAUUUCUUGAAAGUGACAGUCAUCAGAACGAGCUGCAAAAGCAAGUGGCCGACAAGGCUAAACAAUUGGAGGACCUGCAGGCACAGCUGAACACAUUGCUGGAGAGGCUCGGGCAGCUUGAGGGGCUGCUAAACUCCAAGGGAGGACCGCUUGAAUCCAGUGCCUGCCCCUCGGUGGACGCUUCCCAUGCAGCUCCUGAGCGCAUUGAGGCAAUUCACACAGAGCUGGCUGCGCUGAAGACAGAGCUCGCGCAGUGCAGAUCGGCAUCGGCAUCGGAUGCUCAGAAAAUCUGGCAAAAGGGCAACCAGAUUCAGCGCUUACAGGAAGAAAACAACGGCUUAAAAGCUGAGAUUUCCAGAUUGAAAGGGCAUAUUGCCGCUGCUAGAAAGGAGUCGUCUCUUGUGGAAGAAGAAGUUUCUGCUAAGCUGCAACAGGACAUAGUUGAGAAAGACAAGGCCGCGAGAGAACUAGAGCAGAUGCUUUCAGAAGCUAACGUUGAGGGACACAAACAUCAAACUGCAGCGAAGCGUCUGGAGAAUCAAGUUCAACACUUAAAAGCUUCUCUGGAUGAGGCUAACCUGUGA